GGGUUGCAUUUAAUGCCACAAAGAAAAUUAAAUUCCUCACAAACAACAGCUUAUUCCUAUUUUCAACUCACUGCACCGCUCCUCUCCUUCCAACCAUUCCCAGUUUUUUUCUUUCUGUACUUUCACGUUGCUUCCGUGCCCGUGCCCGUCGACUCGGCAGCAGUCCUGCUCUUCAACCGUAGUGCCACUAUCAGGCAAUGGAUGUUUCUGAGGAGGAGCGAUAUAGGCCAGAUGCGGGAUUUGAAGAAGAUUCGAGGGAACCUCUUGUUGAUCUUUCCUUGACCGACUCUACAGAGCUUUGGCUCAUUCAGUGGCCUCAUAAUGAACUUCCUGAUUUUCAAGGGAAAGAAAUAUCCCUCGGUCUUCAUCGUGAUGGAAGUUUGGGCAGUUUUGAGAGUUCAUCUGGGAAAAUAUAUGAUGUUGUGAGCUGUAAUGCGCAAGAGUCUGAUGCAACAGUUUUCCUAUCCUCUUCAUCAGAAACCAAAAUUGUUGGGAAUAUUUCACGGCGAGUUUCUCUUGUCCAUUAUCCUGAUCCUAAAGAACUUGAGAGGCAAGAAGCUGAAAAAAAAUCAAAACGAUUGCAUCAGAUGUCUGCUGCAUCUUCAAUGUUAAACUCUUCCCAUCGUUUUUCAACCCCGACUCAAAGUAAGCUUAGGAGCUCAUAUUCAUCCAAGGGACAUGGAGCCUCAACACAUAGUAGCAGACAUAGAAGUUCUUUGUCUGAAGUUGGGGAGCAAUCAAGUGCAAAAAAAAGAAAGCAUAAAAAUGAACUUACUGCAUUGACAGAUCGCUCUACACUAGAUUCAGGGCGGAGUCGCAGUGAAAACAAUUUUGCAGGGUCAUCAGAGCAUUCACAAUAGGGGAUCAUGAAAUGACUGAUAAAGUAUGCAAGAGUGAGGCUCUCUUACUGGCAUUUUGCCCUCCCCCCGAAUUCUGUUCUGUCGACUUCUAUAGAUACCAAUGAUGUGAUGGUUUUGAAGAAACGGUAUGCCGAGCUUCCUUUUGUUUCGUUUCAUUAAAUUAAUAAUGAAACCCAGAGUUAAGCAAUUUCAUUUCACUAUUAUCUAUAUGUAGGAGUUGUACUGUAGUUUGCUGACAUGAACUCUCUAAUAAUGACAUAUUCCCUUAGUGGACUUCACCGCUAUAAAGAAAUGAAAAAAAAGAAAUAUAUAGCUUGCUGCUACAUUUAUAAAUUGCAAAGAAA